CGGGCCAUAAAUAAAAAUCCCUCUUCGACUCUCAUCUCCAGUGAUUUCUCUCCCCGCGGAGAGAACUUCCGAUUCAAUUAUGGCGAACGCAGUACCGAGAUCAUUUUUGCAAGUUGCAGCUAAAGAAGGAGAAGCUGCACUGCCGUUGCGAGUCGUUCAGAUUGAAGGACUGGUCCUUUUGAAGAUAAUAAAGCAUUGCAAGGAGUUUUCCCCAGCUUUGGUCACUGGGCAACUUCUUGGAUUGGAUGUCGGAAGUGUUCUUGAAGUCACAAACUGUUUUCCAUUUCCGGUUCGUGAAGAAGAUGAAGAGAUCGAGACUGAGGGCGCUAAUUAUCAGCUUGAAAUGAUGAGAUGCCUAAGGGAGGUUAAUGUUGACAACAACACCGUUGGUUGGUACCAAUCAACUUUAUUUGGUUCUUUUCAAACUGUUGAAUUGAUAGAGACCUUCAUGAAUUACCAGGAGAAUAUUAAACGCUGUGUUUGCAUUAUUUAUGAUCCUUCAAGAUCCAACCAAGGUGUCUUGGCAUUGAAAGCCUUAAAGCUUUCCGAUUCUUUCAUGGAACUCUACAAGAGUAAUAACUUUACUGGAGAGAAGUUGAGGGAAAAGAAUCUUUCAUGGGUCGACAUCUUCGAAGAGAUACCAAUUAAAGUUUCAAACUCGGCUCUCAUAAGUGCCUUUAUGACUGAACUUGAACCUGAUACACCUGUAACGCAGUGUGAUUAUGAGUGCCUACAAUUGUCAACUAAUCCAUAUUUGGAAAGGAAUGUUGAAUUUUUGAUUGAGUGUAUGGAUGACUUGUCAAUGGAGCAGCAAAAGUUCCAAUUUUACUAUCGGAACCUUUCCCGUCAACAAGCUCAGCAGCAAGCUUGGCUUCAAAAGAGGAGGGCUGAGAACAUGGCACGUAAAAUUGCUGGAGAAGAGCCACUUCCAGAGGAGGAUCCUUCUAAUCCUGCCUUUAAGACAAUCCCAGAGCCCUCACGAUUGGACAGCUUUCUCUUAACUAAUCAAAUAGCAAACUACUGCAACCAGAUUAACGGUGUUGCUGGACAGAGCUUCAGUAGACUAUAUCUGAUGAAGGCUCUUCAAGAGAACUGAAGAAAUCUAUAGAGUAAUAGAUCAAUUUUGUACUUCUCAUUUUACGUCAGUUAUUUAAACACUUUUGAGUUGAUAUGUGAAAAGAAUGAAUUCUCUGUGUAUGCAAAUGACUAGAUUAUAUACACAAAUGUCCUCAACUUGUUUUUGAA